CCUUUAUCUAGCUUAGGUGAGAACAGUCAGACAGUAUCACUCAAAGUCGAGUACAAUAACUGUAUACAGUAAAUAAAUAAAGAAGAAAACUGUUGUUCAACUAUUUCCUUUUGAUAAAAUUUUCUUUCACAUGCAAAUCUACUGUGCUUAUGAGGUUCGGUCAAUGGAUCAAUCCACAGAUUUGUAUGGUCUUACUAGUGUUACCAUUACUAUGUGUUACAUCAGUUGACUAUGAAGUAUUUCUAAAUGUAUGAAUCACGUAUGCAGAAAGGUUAUAUUUUAGAAUAGCCUGUCAAUCAUCAUUGAAGUAAGAUCUGAAAUAAACACAGAGAUAGAGAACAUUAACAGAAGACGAGACAAAAAGGGGACCGAAUUUCAGUUGCAAUAAAGACUUAGAUAUGAGAGAUAUAGUUUGAAAGAAAAAACAAGACUGAAGUAUAAACAGUUGGGGAUGACACUUAACUCAAGAUUAAGUUUAAUACAUAUAAUUGAUUUACAACUGAAUAGUGAUCGAUAUCUUGUUUGUUUAAUCCUUUUGUGCUGAUCAACUUCUGUCGAUCAAGCGCCAUUAUGGUCAGUAGUCUGAGUGAUUAAAAUACAUUGGGUGCACCAGGUUUAAAUUUUAGGUGGUUGGAGGAAGUCGACAAAAACACCUAGACCUAGUUUUCCUAUUAUUUGAUACUAGCCAGCAGGAUGCACUUGUAAUCUUGAAGGAACUUAUGAUACCUGACAGUAUGGUGCACAAGAUGUAAAGUUACUUAGAUUAGUGACGAUGUCUCACUUUCAUCUACGGAAUUCGGUCAGCACUACUCCGUAGUCAAUCAAUUUUCCAUGUCGAACUAAUGAAAUUUACAAUACCACAUCUAAUCAAGCAUUAACUUGUAAUUCAUUACUUACAAGUAAUGUAUUACAAUAUUAUAUGGAACAAUUAUUAACUCAUUAUGGUAAAGAUAGUGCAUACAAAAUUGGUAAUCCAAUCAAAUUUGGUACUGCUGAAUUUUUCGAUAUAAGAAUUAGUGGUUUAUCUGCUGUACAAUUCUCAGAACCAGUUGAUAUUAUUGAUCUACCAUCAGGAAACAUACGAAUGAUAUUUCCGUUAUUAUUUGACUAUCUUGUUAUAAAUGGAAAAAUGAAAAUGAUCAUGUUUGCUACUAAACCUCGGCCAGUUGAAAUUAAAAUUAAAUCAAUCAAAAUAUAUUUGGAUUUACUUCUUAUACAACCAAUGGACAAUGAUGUAUUAUUACCAAUUCGUGUGAACAAAGUUACUGUUAUCCAUUGGAAUAAUCUUCGAUUUGAUAGUAAAGGUGUUUUUACAAUCUUUUUUAAAAUGUUCAAUCAAUUUCGUUUAUAUGAUGGUAUCAUUAAACGUUCAAUUGAAAAAGAAAUUUAUCAACAAAUUGAAAGAUCAUUAAAUUCAUUUUUUUAA